AUGAAGGUUUUCCUUGUCUUGGCUCUGGCUGUUGCCUCCGUUUCCGCUGGAAUCCUGCCUUUGGACACUCCAUUGCGUCCUCGGGACCUUGAAGGAGCUCCAUCCAUCAAUGGACGGAUUACAAACGGAAAGAACGCAGCGGAGAAUCAGUUUCCCUACCAGGUGGGACUCAGUUUCGCCAGCUCUUCUGGCAGUUGGUGGUGCGGAGGUUCCGUCAUCGCUAAUACCUACGUGCUGACGGCUGCCCACUGCACCGAGGGAUCCUAUUCAGUGACCAUUUACUAUGGUUCCACCGUUCGCACCAGCCCCAAACUGACCCACAUCGUUUCCAGCUCCAACUUCGAGCAGCACGCCAACUUCAACUCGGUCACCCUAAACAACGACAUUUCUCUGAUCAAGACCCCAUCGGUUGCUUUCUCGGCUUCCAUCGACAAGAUUGCCCUGCCCGCCAUCGCCAGUAGCUACUCGACCUACGCCGGACAGACUGCAGUGGCCUCCGGUUGGGGCAGGACCUCCGACACCUCCACUUCUGUGGCCACCAACCUGCAGUACGCCGAUCUGACGGUUAUUGCCAAUUCGGUGUGCCAGCAGUCCUACGGAACCGACGUGGUCACGAGCGGAGUCAUCUGCGUGGCCUCGGUGAAUCAGGUCUCCAUCUGCAAGGGCGAUUCCGGCGGUCCUUUGGCCUUGGACAGUAAGCUGAUUGGAAUUACCUCCUUCGUUUCCUCCAAGGGAUGCGAGAAGAAUGCCCCAGCUGGUUUCACCCGCGUUACCAGCUACCUGGAUUGGAUCAAGACCAAGUCAGGACAAGGGAAAUCAUUCAGUGUUCGAUCAACAAUCAGCAUGAAAGUCUUCGUAGUCUUGCUCCUGGCCAUUGCCUCCGCCUCCGCUGGGCUCCUGCCCCAGACCACUCAUCUGCAUCCUCGUGACAGGACCGCAGUUCCUUCCAUUAAUGGUCGCAUCACCAACGGACACAACGCCGUGGUCAACCAGUUCCCCUACCAGGUGGGACUCAGUUUCACAGCUUCGUCGGGCAGUUGGUGGUGCGGUGGUUCCAUCAUUGGCAACACCUGGGUUCUGACCGCUGCCCACUGCACCAGCGGUGCCUCCUCCGUGGUCAUCUACUACGGAGCCACCGUUCGUACCAGCCCGCAGUUCACCUACACUGUCCCCAGCUCCAACUGGAUCCAGCAUGCCAACUAUAUCUCUCUGACCGUCCGCAACGACAUCUCCCUGAUCAAGACCCCAGCCGCUCCCUUCUCGGCCUCCAUCAACAAGAUCGCCCUGCCCGCCAUCGCCAGCAGCUACUCCACCUACGUCGGACAGACCGCCGUUGCCUCCGGUUGGGGCCGCAUUUCGGAUGAGGCCACCACCGUGACCAGUCACCUCCAGUACACCGACCUCACGGUCAUCGAGAACUCCGUGUGCCAGAAGUCCUUCAACAGUCUGAUUGUCACCAGCAAGGUUAUCUGCGUUGCCACCCCCAAGGGAACCUCCACUUGCCAGGGAGAUUCCGGUGGCCCACUGGCUCUGGAUGGUGUCCUCAUCGGUAUCACUUCCUUCGGAUCUCCCGAUGGUUGCCAGGUUGACGAGCCAGCUGCCUUCACUCGGGUGACCAGCUACUUGGAUUGGAUCAAGACCAACUCUGGGAUCUCUGCUUAAAAAAAAAAAGUGCUACCCAGAAUAUUGAUUAAACUUAUCU